AAUGAAUUUACCUUUGUGAAAAUACGGAGAUUCUAAUUGAGUCGAAGUUUCCUAUUUGGUCAAGAGUACUCAAGAGAACAAGCUGGAAGAUGAUAUCUUUGUCUGUGGGAGGUGUGCUAAUACUCUCUUUGCAGGAACAAAGCCUAUUGAGAUUCCUAAACCUGAUGAUGUUCUUGAACCUCUGCAGUGUGUUGAGUACAUUGUUGAUGAGAUUAUGUACUUCUGAAAAGUCAACCAUCUCGAUAAACUAUGGAGUUGGAUGAAACCUGACCUAGAAGAAUAUCAGGAAAGAUGUAUUCAGAUGGUAAAUGAAAUGGGGUCAGCGAAGAUAGGAAAAGCCUCUAAAUUUGCAAAGGGCAAAAGAACCUUUACUCAGUGGAGGAGACUCCCUUACAUCGAUAUUGAGGCCAGAAGACUUCUUGAUUCUCUCUUCGAUUCAAAUAUAAUGACAGAAUAUACCAGAAGAGCAGAAAUCAAAAAAUUCAGGGAUCACAAGUAUGGCACUAACAAACUCGCAAGCAUCCCCAAGAUUGUUGACGCUCAAAUGAUUGUCAAGUUGAGGAAUCAUAUAGUGAACACAAGGUACGGAGAAGCCCAGGCUAAACUCAGAGAAAAGAGUGCAAUCAUCAAAAAUCUGACUGAAGUAAAGGCAUUAUUGACUUCUCAAAAUAAAGACAAAGAUCAGGAAAUUCAAGAGUUGAAAAUAGAUAAUCAGAGCAAAGACAAAGAAAUUUCUAAGAUGAAGGAAAGACUUGAGAAAUAUGAGAAGAAAAUCAAGAAGCUCGAAGAACAUGUUGAUCUUCAAUCUAAUAAAAUUGAGGAGAUCAAGGAGGAGGCUAAGGCUCAGAUAAAUAGUAUUGAUCAGCCUGAAUUAGUUGACAACUCAUACAAAUCUUCAAAAGGAGAAACAAAGCAUUGUGAAAAAACAUUCUCAAGAUAUUUCUAAACUCCAGCAAA